CCAAGCUCUUCUCAGGAAAUCCAUACACAACUCUAGAUUUCCUCUCUUUCUCUCUCUACAUCCAAUCCAAGCCAUUGUCUUUUUGCUUUUCUGGUUCUGGGUCUUUUGUUUUUUCGCAUUACAUUCAGACAAAUGGGUACGGAGGCAGUUAUUGUGAAUGGGCACCAAAACGGUGCGUUUGAUAGCUUGUGCGUGAAAAGUGAUGAUCCUUUGAACUGGGGCUUGGCGGCUGACUCGAUGAAAGGGAGCCAUGUCGAUGAAGUGAAGCGCAUGGUGGCUGAGUUCCGGAAGCCGGUGGUGAGGCUUGGCGGGGAGACCUUGACUAUAUCACAAGUGGCGGCGAUUGCGGCACGUGAGUCCGGUGCUGUUGAGGUUCAGCUGGCUGAGUCGGCUCGAGCCGGCGUUAAAGCCAGCAGUGACUGGGUUAUGGACAGCAUGAAUAACGGCACGGACAGUUACGGCGUCACUACUGGCUUCGGCGCCACCUCUCAUAGACGGACCAAACAAGGCGCGGCUCUUCAGAGAGAGCUCAUUAGAUUCUUGAAUGCUGGAGUAUUUGGGAAUGGAACAGAGUCAUGUCACACACUCCCUAACUCGGCCACAAGAGCAGCUAUGUUGGUCAGAAUCAACACACUCCUCCAGGGGUACUCUGGAAUCAGAUUUGAAAUCCUAGAAGCAAUCACUAAGCUAAUCAAUCACAACAUCACUCCAUGCUUGCCUCUGCGUGGCACAAUCACUGCUUCCGGCGACCUUGUUCCUCUGUCCUACAUUGCUGGAUUACUUACCGGCAGGCCUAAUGCUAAAGCUGUUGGGCCUAAUGGUGAAUCCCUUAAUGCCCUGGAAGCAUUUCGUAAAGCCGGAAUCAGUUCUGGGUUUUUUGAGUUGCAGCCCAAAGAAGGACUUGCUCUUGUGAAUGGUACUGCUGUUGGUUCUGGUUUAGCUGCGAUGGUUCUGUUUGAUGCGAAUGUUCUUGCUGUUUUGUCCGAGAUUUUCUCAGCAAUUUUUGCUGAAGUUAUGCAGGGUAAGCCUGAGUUCACUGACCAUUUGACACACAAAUUGAAGCAUCAUCCGGGACAGAUCGAGGCUGCUGCUAUAAUGGAACAUAUUUUGGAUGGUAGUUCUUAUGUUAAAGCAGCUAAGAAGUUACAUGAGAUGGAUCCCCUGCAGAAGCCGAAACAGGAUCGCUACGCUUUGAGGACUUCACCACAAUGGCUUGGUCCUCAAAUUGAAGUGAUUCGGUAUGCCACCAAGUCGAUUGAGAGAGAGAUUAAUUCAGUGAAUGACAACCCUUUGAUCGAUGUUUCGAGGAACAAGGCCUUACAUGGUGGCAAUUUCCAGGGGACUCCAAUUGGUGUGUCCAUGGACAAUACCCGGUUGGCGAUUGCUUCGAUUGGGAAACUCAUGUUUGCUCAAUUUUCUGAGCUUGUCAACGAUUUCUACAACAAUGGUUUGCCAUCCAAUCUCACUGGUGGGAGGAACCCAAGUUUGGAUUAUGGUUUUAAGGGUGCUGAGAUUGCCAUGGCUUCAUAUUGCUCUGAGCUCCAAUAUCUUGCAAAUCCUGUCACUAGCCAUGUUCAGAGUGCUGAGCAGCACAACCAAGAUGUGAAUUCUUUGGGACUAAUUUCAUCAAGAAAGACAGCCGAAUCAGUCGAUAUCUUGAAGCUCAUGUCUGCAACCUACUUGGUUGCACUUUGCCAAGCAAUUGAUUUAAGGCAUUUGGAGGAGAAUUUGAAGAACACCGUGAAGAACACCGUCAACCUAGUGGCUAAGAAAGUUCUCACUACUGGUGCUAAUGGGGAGCUGCACCCAUCAAGGUUCUGCGAGAAAGACUUGCUCAAAGUGGUUGAUCGCGAGUAUGUUUUUGCCUACAUUGAUGACCCUUGCAGUGCUACCUAUCCAUUGAUGCAAAAACUCAGGCAAGUCCUUGUCGAUCACGCAUUGGUUAAUGGUGACAAUGAGAAGAAUGCAAGCACUUCAGUCUUCCAGAAAAUUGUAGCAUUUGAAGAGGAACUGAAGGCUGUUCUGCCUAAAGAAGUUGAGAACGCUAGGAGUGUGAUUGAGAGUGGAAACCCCACAAUUCCUAAUAGGAUCAAGGAAUGCCGGUCGUACCCAUUGUACAAGUUUGUGAGGGAGGAGUUGGGGAGUGUAUUUCUGACCGGUGAGAAGGUCACCUCGCCGGGCGAGGAGUUUGACAAGGUGUUCACAGCCAUUUGCCUGGGAAAGAUUGUUGAUCCAAUGCUGGAUUGCCUUAAAAGCUGGGAUGGUGCUCCUCUUCCCAUAUGUUAAGUGAUUUAAGAUUUUGUGUCUUGUAACAUGGUUUCUUGUCUUGGUUAGGUCUUAAAUGGUUGAUGUCAAUACUAUCUAUGUAUUCAUUUCUACCCUGUUCGCUAUAUCAUUAUCAAGUUUAUGAAUAGAUUUUUUGUCAAAUAGAAAAUGUUUAGUUAACUGGCU